GCGUCAUGUGCCCUAGUGUUCAGAACGGAGAGGUGAUGCACUGGAACCGGCAGAGCAGUGAGGGUGCUUCUACCUUCAUUUCGAAUCUAAAUGUAUUACCUUGGGUUUCAAAUCGCUCAGGAAACCUCGACGAGUAAGGAGUUUCCCGCUUCAGAUUUUUGUUCUUAAAUUCGUGGAGCACCGCCCUCUAAACUGUUUAGAUACAUCGCCGGAGGGCACGGGGUUGGCAGCACCUCCCUCCCUACUUCUCUUUAUGUGUUUGUUGACCGCCUGAACAAGGGUACCGCCUUAAUCCGAGAGCCUUUGCCUCGCUUCUGUCCCUCCCUGCGGCUUGGAGUCCAAACGAAACACUUCUGGAAAGAAAGAGAUCACGUGAUUUGGAUCGCUCCGCCUCCUCCUUCGCUCUCUCCCCCAAACGACCUCCCUAGUUAACCAGCCGCCAAGAUUAUGUGUUCGGGCCUGCGAGAGAACUAUGAGGCAGCCAUGGUGCUGAGUGCAGUUGGAGAUGCCUUGGGCUUCUACAAUACAAAAUGGGAGUUCCAACGCAGUGGUGAGAAGAUUCACAGUGAAGUGGCCAAAAUGGGCGGCGUGAACAAACUCAAUGUAGCAGGCUGGAAAGUCAGCGAUGAUACGGUCAUGCACUUGGCUACUGCUGAAGCCUUGGCAGCAGCUGGGAAAAACCCAGAUUUAACCCACUUGUAUAAACUCAUUGCAACAAACUACAGAGACUGCAUGGAUGACAUGCUGGGACGAGCUCCAGGUGAUACCUGCAUGCACUAUGCACUGAACCUGGAUCCAGACAAGCCAGAAAGCUGGAAACCAGACUUCUGUAAAAGAGGAGGAGGGUGUGGUGCAGCCAUGAGGUCAAUGUGCAUUGGACUGAGGUUUCAUCAUCCAGAAGAGCUGGAAAGCUUGAUUGCAGUCAGCAUAGAGAGUGGUCAGAUGACUCAUCAUCACCCUACUGGCUACCUUGGAUCCCUGGCUUCUGCUCUUUUUACUUCUUAUGCCAUAAAUCGCAAGCCACUCCAGGAGUGGGGGAAAGGGCUGAUGGAGGUGCUGCCAAAGGCAAAAACUCAUAUCCAGAAGUUGGGUUGCUUUGUGGAAAAGAACUUGGAGCAUUGGAACUACUUUGAAAGCCAGUGGAAGAAGUACCUGGAAACUAGAGGCAUUUCAGAUGGGGAAUCUCCUCCUUCCUUCCCUGAAGUAUAUGGUGUGAAAGAGAGAGACGAAUUCUACAAGUCCUUGAGUUUCUCUGGCUGGGGAGGUAGCAGCGGGCAUGAUGCUCCUAUGAUUGCUUACGAUGCCAUCCUUGGUGCCAGGGAUUGGAUUGAGUUGGCUCAUAGAGGUUUCUUUCAUGGUGGGGACAGUGACUCCACUGGGGUCAUGGCUGCUUGUUGGUGGGGGGCAAUGUAUGGUUUCAAAGGGGUCAAUGCAAAUAACUAUAAGGAAAUUGAAUAUAGAGACCGAUUGGAAAAAGUAGCAAGGGAGCUCUAUCUCCUCAGCUUGACUGCGGAGCAGUGAAGUGGCACUUUGGAGUGAGAGGACAGUAUGUAUCUGCAGAGAACUAGAAUUUGCUAAUAUGCUCUGAUGCUGUUCAUCGUUGUCAAGCAUAUACUGUAGUGCUGUAAGUCAGAGAAAAGGCCUUCCUUGAUGAGCUCUUACAAUAAUUGAUGCAUUAACACUGAGUGAAGCCAGCUUGGAUCCAAAUUAUCCUGUUUACUUCUGUGUGCCAAUAAAAUGUUGAAAAACCUAGCAGGGGGUGCUGUAACACAAAAGUUAGCUGGUGGGGUAAAAUAUCACAGGAAUUAUUUGUUGUCAUUAUUUCUAAAAUUUGCUAUGAAAUUUGCUAUCUUUUGGUACAGUUUUUAGACACUUUUGAUUUGUUUAGAGAGGUGACACCAGAGUUCUGUAUUGAGAAGCAUUUCACUAUCAAAUCACCUUUACAGGCCACAAAUGUUUUUUCUGUCAAUAGAUCUUAAUUGGAAUUUGAACAUUUUCAAGGCUGGGAAUUUACAGGCACAUCUUUUCCCAGCAUUAAGGUUAUUUAUUAUUAUUAAUUCAAUUUCUGGCCUGCCCUUCAUCCCGAAAGAACCCAGGGCAGCAAUGUAGUGCCAGUUGUUUGCUAGACCCUACCAAUCUGUUUUCAGCACAGUUUGAGGCAUCAAACCUCAAAGUGGAAAGAGUUGGGGCCUUCUUUCUGAGUGAUGUGUAGGCAGAUCUGAUUAGGUAAGGCAGAUGGGGAACCAGUGGCCCUCCAGAUGUUGUUUGACUCCAGCUCCCAUCAUCCUGGUCACUGGUCAUGCUGGGUGGGGUUAUGGGAGUUAUUAUCCAGCUCCCUGCCUGUGGAAUGCUCUCCUCAGAAACUUGCCUGGCUCCAUCACUCUUCCUUUUUAGGUGCUAGGCUAAGGCAUUUUUAUUCACUCAGGCUUUGGGUGGUUGAAGUUUAUUGUACAGUGUUUUAAGUUUGGCUUCCAACUGAUUUUUGUUUUUUAUUUUGUUAAGUCCCUUUUGAGACAUUUCUUUUUUCAUAUAAACUGACCAACAAAUGCAAUAAAUAAUAACAACAACAUUUGCAGCCCCAGAGCUUCACCAUCCUUGCUGUAAGAGAACCAAAAGGUAGUCAAGAGGCAAGGGAUGAAGACCUUUAGCUGAAUUAGAAUGGCUAUUUAGAACAGGUAUGUUUGGAUCUCUUCCAAGUGGCUUUUGCACCUCAGACAAGGAUAAUAAUCAAAUAACAUUUAACUUGUAGGUACUGUUGCUAAAGGGAGGUUUCUAAGAACUUUCAACUUGAGCCCCAAAACAUUCAUUUCUAAGAUUUCUUAGAUACAGGAUCCAAAAGAGAACUUCAAAUAAAAAAUGUGUAAUACAAGGAUCUCAAGUCACCCUUUACAGGCAAAUAAAUAAAUAACAACUUUAUAUUAGCAUAGUGAUUAAGAGAUUGAGCUGAGAAUCAGAUAGUCCCCAUUUUAAAGGUCACCUCUGCCAUGAACUCAGUAGGCAGCCUGAGGCAAGCCACUCUCUUUUAGUCCGUGCUCUCAUCUGCAAUAUGGGGAGAGUACUGACCUGCCUUGCAGCAACAACCUGGUGCCCUCCAGAUGAUUUCACCUACAGCUCCCAUUAGCCUCAGCCAGGGGCCUCUCACAAGUUGGCAAAGGCUGCCUUUCAGGAUUGUUGCAAGGAUUACAACUAGAUAGCGCAUUUAAAUCACUUUGAAGUCUUAAAAUUGCUAUAUGCAUGUUAAGUAUCAUUGUAGGUUUUUACAGAUGUGGCUGCAGAAAAGUGUUAAAAGCAGAGAUUGGGUUUGGGCGAGACAGUCUUGCAUCCAAAAGGUGUGAAUUAGAGAUUUUUUUGUUUUGAUCUGUAGAGGACCUAUCAGGUAGGUAAUUAAUUUUUCUUCUUCUGGAUGAAAACCAAAGUAACUUUCCCCAAGAGGAAGUAUCACAACUAUUCAUUUGGUAACUAUAUAGCCAAUCUUGGUCAUGACUGAGUUUUAAUUACCAUCUUACUUGGAUUGUAAACAGACUGAUGUUUAAUUAUAUUUUUUUGCUAUCUUUGCUUCAUUAAAACUCACUUAUUUUGCUUUACCAAUUCCUAAUUUGUUGACAGAUCAUUUCUGUUCUUUCAUUUAAUUAACCUUUUUGGAUUUUCAUUCACUGAUUUAGAAUUAUAUUUGACAAACUUUUUCUACUGUAAUCAAUAUCCUUAAAAUUUUAAUAAACAAUCAUUCAAACUUGCCUA